AUGGCUACGAUGGGGGAGUCGGAGACGGUGGCAUCGAAGCCAGCGGAUGAGGAGCGUCCAGCGCCAGAAAAGGCGCCAGACGCAUCUCUCAAGAGGAAAGCAGAAGACGAAGGCCCCGAGGACGAUUCUCCCAAGCGUGCGAAGCACAAUGACGACGAUGACGAGGACGCGGCAGCAGCAGCUUCAAGGCGGCAACCAUCGCCUAGUCAUGAUCACGAUCACGAUCAUGACCACAGCCGCGAGGGUGAUGGCAAGGAAGUCGCUCCAGCUGCAAAUCAAGACCGGCGAAGACAGGCUAUACAGGAAGAGAAGAAGCGUGGAAAGCGACUGUUUGGCGGCCUUAUGAGUACCCUAAGCCAGACAUCUAACACUUCCCAACAGCAGAAGCGGCGACAGGAAAUUGAGCGCCGGCAGCAGGACCGCAUGCAGAAGCAAAGGGCUGAGGAUGACCAGAAGCGGGCCGAGAAGCUGGAGAAGCUGCACCUAGUACGCAUGGCGGAGCAAAUCGUGUUUGACGAAGAAGUGAUGAAGAAGAAGCACGAAAAACGGCUGGCCAUGGCAAAGUUCUUGCGGACCAGGGCGGAGCCCGCAAUUUUCUACCUUCCAUGGAAAACCACGCCUGAGCAGAAAGAUACCAUCGAGGACCAGAUCCAGAGGGCGAAAGCCACUGUGGAAAAGGAAGUGGAGCAGUUCAAGGCUCGAAAACAGCGGCAUAUUGAGCGGUAUGGUCCCCCAACGAGGCAAAUCAGCGUGACCCCCGAUGAACCUGCUGCCACAAAAGCACCGGAGCGUGAGAGUCCUAUCCGGAGCCCUCGCCACAACGUCGAUAAGCCACACCUACAGGAACGGAGAGUGUCUCAAGACUUGCACAGAGGGCAUCACGAUGAGUCAGGUGAUGACCUUGAGGAGGCUGAGGAGGACAUGGUGAUUUACUGA